AGCGCACCCUCUUUUCCGUUAAUCCCUCCCUUUCGGUGCAUCUGGCCAAUAGCAGAAGCUCAUACUGAACCACUUCUUUUGCCGCUAAAACUAAACUCGCUCCAUCUUCUGUCCUGUCAGGCUGCCUGUAUGUGUGGCUAAAAGUAACAGAAAAUAAUUUCAGAAUCAGUGUGGCUCAAAUCAGCAGCUGAAAAUGGGAAUCUCUGGACUGCUGCAGUUCAUCAAAGAUGCAGCAGAGCCCAUGAAUGUGAAGAAAUACAAAGGCCAGACUGUGGCUGUGGACACGUACUGUUGGCUGCAUAAAGGAGCAUUUUCAUGUGCUGAGAAGCUCGCUAAAGGAGAACCAACUGAUCAGUAUGUGUGGUACUGCAUGAAAUUUGUGGACAUGCUGUUGAGUUUCAGUGUCGCACCAAUUCUGGUGUUUGAUGGACGCAAUCUGCCUUCAAAACGAGAGGUGGAAAAGGCUCGCAAAGAGCGCAGGGAAGCCAACCUUCAGAAAGGCAGACAGCUACUGCGUGAAGGUAAAGUGUCUGCGGCCAGAGACUGUUUUACCCGCUGUGUUAACAUCACCCCAGCCAUGGCCCACAACCUUAUCAAGACUGCAAGGGCGAGAGGGGUGGACUGUGUUGUGGCUCCAUAUGAAGCUGAUGCUCAGUUAGCUUAUCUCACUAAAUCUGGUUUGGCCCAGGCUGUCAUCACAGAAGACUCUGAUCUGCUGGCAUUCGGCUGCAAAAAGGUGAUCCUCAAAAUGGACAAGGAGGGCAACGGCCUAGAGAUAGACCAAAGUAACCUGGGCCGCUGUCGCUCUCUGGGGAACGUUUUCACAGAGGAGAAGUUUCGCUACAUGUGCAUCCUCUCUGGCUGCGAUUAUCUGGCCUCCCUGCAUGGCAUCGGCCUGGGCAAGGCUUGCAAGCUGCUGCGGCUGGCCAAAGACCCUGAUAUACUCAAGGUGAUCAGAAAGAUGGGCCAAUACCUGAAGAUGAACCUAGUCGUCCCUGAACAGUACAUCGAGGGAUUCACCAGAGCCAAUAACACCUUCCUCUACCAGCUGGUGUUUGAUCCUGUCAGGAGGAAGGUUGUACCCCUCAACCCGUACCCAGCGCACAUCGACCCGGCCACCCUCAGCUACGCUGGACUUAAUCUAGGAGAUGACAAAGGCUUGCAGAUGGCCUUGGGAAACCUUGACAUCAACACCAUGGAGAGGAUAGAUGACUUCAGCCCAGAUAAACCGUUUCCACGGCCUUCUAAGCCCCGUAGUCACAGCUGGAAUGACUCACCAGCCCAGACUGGGCCCAGUAUCUGGAGCAAAGUCUUCAGGCCAGCAUCUGCUGCCCCGCCCUUGUCUGCUGCCUCCCCAGACAGGCCUCCCUCCACCAGGGGGAAGGAGAGAGUCAUCAGCCUGGACGGCUUGAGGCUGCCCUGCAGAAAACUGCAGGUGAAGAGACCACGAGAAGACGCUGCUAUAUCAGACCAGGACGUGCUGCAGCAGUACACACCCUCCAGUCAGAAGAGAUCCAGGUCAGACCAGCAGCCAGGCAAACCAACAUUAACCAGUCAGCCCCGGCCACGCAACUGCUUUGCCACCCUGCUGCAGAGGAGGAAUCAGGAAGCUGAGGAGGAUGGCCAGGCCACGUGCAGCAGAUUCUUCAGCAGUUCCAGUUCAGCAGCCAGUAUGAGCACUAAGGAGUCUGCUCAGCAAGAUACACUUCGCACUAUGGAGCUCAGAGUAGUGAGUCACACCGAGGACAACUCUCCCAGCACGCAGACCAAUGACAGCGAUGGUCCCGACGUUCCAUCUGUGGACACUCCCAGCCCGCCUCCAUCACCAAGCACCACAUCUCCCACUUCAGCCAGUCAGGGCCUCAAGCUGUUUCACUGGUCAGACAACUCGACCUCGACCAAACAAUCGAGAACGUCUAAUUCCACUUCAGGCCUGGCUGCCCUGCAGCAGUUUCAGUAUAAGAAGGAGGGUUUUUUCUCGUUAACAAAUACCCACAGACCCCCUGGAGACACAUCACCCCCACGACAUUCCUCCACUGACGGAAACCCAGAUGACAAGGAUGACCUCCCAGACUCCCCUCCGUCUCAGGACAGUGCCUACUUCUCCCAGUCCCAGCCUUACCUCACUUCCUGCCACAAAGAAGAAAUCCUCACCUACAGCUUCCCGUCCUCCUACCAGGAGGAUGCUGCAUCUGAAAUGAAUUCAAGCAAAGAUGCUAAGCCAGAACAGAGUCCCACCCAGUCAACAGAAGCAGAUACGAAACCUGGCAUGCUUCAAAGCAUGAGAUCAAAGGUUUCAGGUCUGUCGAAGCCGAAGUCCAGCAGCCAAGGUCAAGCAGCAAUAAUGCGAACGUUGGGCCCAGCCCGGGCCAGUGGUCUGAGGAAAAAGUGUGUGGGUUCUGGGAAGAAAACCUCCUCCCCCAAUAACGAGAACAACCCUGGUGUCCAGGCCACCAUCAGCAGUCUCUGGAAGAACUUCAGCUUCAAAACAGAUACCCAGAAGAUGACUCCGUGUAAGAAAGGAGAGCCCAUGUCUCCAGUCAAAGACAACUUGCUGGCCAGCUCGCCUCAGCGGACAUGAACUUAAUCACCAGCCUCUGAUGGAUGCUUUGAAUGUUUCACACACUGCUGAGUGCUCUGUGUGGGAGUGAAGCUUUUAAACAUACCAUGUAUGAUGAUGAUUUCUCAUCAACCUGUAUUUCUUAAUAUAGAAUUUUAAAUAAAGCUACUGUCUUCUGAUCCGUGAA